ACAGGCUUUCUGUAAAGAAAUUGUGUCUCCUUUAUCAGACUGUUUUAUGGGAAUGGAUGUUAUGUCUGGCUGGGCAACACUUCUAACUAGUAUUGUAAAACCAAAACCUGUCAGUAAAGUUUACAGUUAGGAGUGCAAGGUAUAAGUUUGUAGGAGAAUUGAUAUGUUUGAAUAGGCUUUUACCUGAUUGUAUUACAGAGUUGGACAUUGUAUCCAGCUGGGGAAUGUUUUUUCUACCAAGUAUUGCAAAACCGUUCAGUGGACGUACUGAACGAGAACCAGUAGGAUCGCUCAAGCCCACACAGUGUGGAAUAGAAGUCGGAGUGCCGGUAUGGAUAGAUUGUGUGAUAGCUCUGUGCGUCCUGCAGACUGGGGCUCAGGGCAAAAGCCUGUGAGCGCCUCCCAGCAACGACUGCUAGACUUUGGACUAGAGAAUUUCCAUUUGAAGGACAAUUGCUGGCUCGCUAUUGGACAUUAAUUGAAACUGCCAUGAUGACUAAGAGUCAUAAAAUAAUCUCGAAACCUGAAACACUCAUGAUGUCUCAAGUAAUGUCAGACAAACUGCAGUAGAGUGGGCACUGCCCAGAAGAGUCUGUAAUAAAACGGAAAUGGUUCAUAUAGGAUCGUGCUGUUUGGGGAGUGCAAGGAGAAGGUAGAUACUCAAGAGCAGAGAGCCUCUUUUCCCCUGGGACUGAUCCUGGAACUGUGCGACGAGCUGAUGGAUUCUCUUGUCACUUGGGCAGUAGCCUAUAAAUAGCUCAUAACCGACGAACAGGAAACUGCUUGGUUUGUGGAUGGUCGUUCCAAGAUGAAUGGACAACAUCUUCCACCACUCUGAGGAAGGAGAAGACAAAUUAGCCUGGGAUUUGAGUCAUAAUCGGUUGUCUAACUGGAACAUCAGCUUGGAAUCUCAAACAUUACAAGAAGUGAAACUGAAUUAUAAUGAGCUAACAGAAAUCCCAUAUUUUGGAGAACCAACCUCUAAUAUUACCCUACUGUCAUUAGUCCAUAAUAUAAUCCCAGACAUAAAUGCAGAGGCGUUCCAGUUUUACCCUGCUCUUGAGAGUUUAGAUCUCAGCUCAAAUAUAAUAUCAGAAAUCAAGACAUCUUCAUUUCCUCGAAUGCAGCUUAAAUACCUGAAUUUGAGUAAUAAUAGGAUAACCAUCUUGGAGGCUGGUUGCUUCGAUAAUUUAUCAAGUUCCUUAUUAGUGGUAAAGUUAAACCGGAACAGAAUAAGCAUGAUUCCACCCAAGAUCUUCAAGCUACCUCACCUCCAAUUCUUGGAACUUAAAAGAAACAAGAUUAAAGUUGUGGAAGGUCUCACAUUCCAGGGGCUUGACUCCUUACGAUCUUUGAAAAUGCAGCGGAAUGGAAUUAGCAAACUUAAGGAUGGAGCUUUUUUCGGCUUGGAUAACAUGGAGGAACUAGAACUGGAGCAUAAUAACCUUACAGAAGUGAACAAGGGAUGGUUGUAUGGGUUGCGAAUGCUUCAGCAGCUCUAUGUGAGCCAGAAUGCUGUUGAACGAAUCAGCCCCGAUGCAUGGGAAUUCUGCCAAAGACUUUCCGAACUUGAUUUGUCCUAUAAUCAGUUGACCCGCCUGGAUGAAUCUGCCUUCGUAGGUCUGAGCUUACUGGAGAGAUUGAAUUUAGGGGACAACAGAGUCACUCACAUUGCUGAUGGUGUAUUUAGGUUUCUUUCCAAUCUUCAGACACUAAACUUAAGAAACAAUGAAAUCUCAUGGGCCAUAGAAGAUGCUAGUGAAGCCUUUGCUGGACUCACAAGUCUCACUAAACUAAUCUUACAAGGAAAUCGGAUCAAGUCAAUUACAAAGAAAGCAUUCAUUGGUCUUGAAUCCCUUGAGCAUCUAGAUUUGAACAACAAUGCUAUAAUGUCUAUCCAAGAAAAUGCUUUUUCCCAGACUCGCUUGAAAGAACUGAUCCUGAACACAAACAGCUUGCUCUGUGACUGCCAUUUGAAGUGGUUGCUUCAGUGGCUGGUUGAUAAGAACUUUGAGCAUGCCGUGAAUGUGAGCUGUGCACACCCUGAGUGGCUCGCGGGGCAAAGCAUCCUGAAUGUGGAUCUGAAAGAUUUUGUCUGUGAUGAUUUUCUCAAGCCGCAGAUAAGGAUGCAUCCUGAAACCACAGUUGCUCUAAGAGGCUCGAACGUGACUCUGACAAGCACUGCCGUGAGCAGCAGCGAUUCGCCCAUGUCUGCCGUGUGGCGCAAAGACAGUGAAAUCUUGUAUGAUGCAGAUAUUGAGAAUUUUGUUCGCUAUCAGCACCAAGCUGGAGAAGCUCUGGAAUACACUAGUGUCUUACAUCUUUUCAGUGUGAAUUUCACAGAUGAAGGAAAAUAUCAGUGCAUUGUUACUAAUCACUUUGGUUCUAAUUAUUCUCAUAAGGCCAAACUGACUGUGAAUGAGAUGCCAUCUUUUCUGAAAACUCCAAUGGAUCUAACUAUUCGCACUGGUGCCAUGGCCAGAUUAGAAUGUGCUGCAGAGGGGCACCCUGCACCUCAGAUUUCCUGGCAGAAAGAUGGUGGGACUGAUUUUCCUGCGGCUCGAGAAAGACGCAUGCACGUUAUGCCCGAGGAUGAUGUCUUCUUCAUUGCAAAUGUGAAGAUAGAAGACAUGGGAAUCUAUAGCUGCAUGGCACAAAAUAUAGCAGGAGGCCUCUCAGCAAAUGCGUCACUCACAGUGUUAGAGACACCCUCAUUUAUUAGACCCCUGGAGGACAAGACAGUAACCCGAGGGGAAACUGCGGUAUUACAGUGCAUAGCUGGAGGGAGUCCUGCCCCUCGCCUCAACUGGACCAAAGAUGACGGACCACUGCUUGUGACAGAACGGCACUUCUUUGCUGCAGCCAACCAGCUUCUCAUCAUUGUAGAUGCUGGGCUAGAAGAUGCUGGAAAAUAUACCUGCAUUAUGUCUAAUACCCUUGGGACAGAACGUGGUCACAUUUACCUACAUGUCAUUUCAUCCCCCAAUUGUGACUCUUCCCAGAGUAGCAUUGGCCAUGAAGAUGAUGGCUGGACCACAGUCGGCAUUGUCAUCAUUGUCGUGGUCUGCUGUGUUGUGGGCACCUCUUUGAUCUGGGUCAUUGUUAUUUACCACAUGAGAAGGAAAAAUGAAGACUACAGUAUCACGAACACAGAGGAGCUUAAUCUGCCUGCAGACAUUCCCAGCUAUUUGUCUUCCCAAGGGACACUGUCCGAGCCCCAGGAAGGCUACAGCAACUCUGAGGCAGGCAGUCACCAGCAACUUAUGCCUCCUGCCAGUGGAUAUUUACACAGAGGCACUGAUGGUGGCACUGGUACCCGGGUUAUCUGCUCGGAUUGUUACGACAAUGCCAACAUCUACUCCAGGACCCGAGAAUACUGUCCGUACACCUAUAUUGCUGAGGAGGAUGUUCUAGAUCAGACGCUGUCCAGCCUUAUGGUCCAGAUGCCCAAAGAGACAUAUAUGGCCCAUCCUUCCCAAGAUGCCCCUACUUUGGAGAGCCUGAUACUGUCAACAGAUAAAGACAUGUCUGCCUUUCCCACCAACCAUGAGAGGAUGAGUGAGAAGAAACUCUCCUCCACACAGACGAGCACUGAAACAUUGCAGCGGCCUCUGUGGAACACAAGCAAAGAACUAGGCUUGACUCACCCUCCGUUUUCCCAGCAGCCAGUCCUGGAGUCACCACGACUCCAUCAGAACAAGAGCCUGGCAGAGAGUGGUCCAGACCCUGCCACUUCCCCCAUGGCCUGUCGCAAGUUACCCGACCAUGCUUUUGAUUUUAGUAGGACUCGGAAUAUUCAAGAUGGUAGUGAGGGCACAUGAAACUCACUCCAGGACGAAAGCUGGGCAAAGACCCAAAUUAAUUAAUUUUGUAUUCACUACCUCAGAGUUCAGAAGAAACCCCAAAGUCAGCGUUUGCUUUACUCUUUGUCAACAUUUACAUCUGACCACACCAAGGCGGGCCAGGCAUUUGUUCGGGCUUAUACCUGACAAGGGCAACGGCUGACGGAAUGGGUACGUCCAGUGAAAAGUGUGCAACAGGGGCAGAGGAGGAUACAGGACCACGUGCUUCCCGCUGGGUGCACAGGGAUGCGCCCAGGUGCGCCUUGCAUAUUAGGAAGAGUGUUGCUGCUUAAGGAGCUGAUUGUCUCCACCCGCAGAGUGCUUCUGAGAAGACAUCACUGUUUUCUUUCGCCUUCCAAAGAACAAAAAUAACUUUGGAGUCCUCUGGGAAAUGUUCCUGGGAUUCAUUGGUGGUUUUUAGCAUAUGGAUGGAUGAGACUGGGGUUUUGAUAUUCAAGGCCUUCGACAAGAAUCCUAGGUUUGACCAACUGUUACCAGGUCAAGGGAUUUUGUAUUCUUAUGAAUCUUUUUUUUUUGUUGGGGGGUGGGGGGUGCGUGGGAGAGGGUUCCCGAUCAUCCAGGGCUCUCAUUGUAAAUUUAUGUACAUUUAUAAAUAAUUUUUGUAUUCAUUGACUAUAUGCGUUGGCCGAAAUGUAAAUAUUUUUGAUAUGCCAAAAGUAUAUAUAAUAUCCAGUUAUAAUACUGACAGCCGCUUCUCAGACCACAGACAUUUUGUAUAUCUUGGUUUAGUGAAUCUAAAGACUGUCGAAAGUUUUUAAAACGUGUUUGGUAAGAAAUAUAUAUAUAUAUGUAUUAGAGGCAGGGUACCUAGUGAAUGCGUACACACAAACACUGUCUUGGUGUAAUUAACCACUUUCUUCAUACCUAAAGGUUCAUACAUCUAAUCAUUUGCCAUCUGUUUUACAAGUACCGGGUAGUAUUUACCUUUCUAGCAUAAAAAGGCUCUUUCGAAACAUUAGCAGUCUUCUCAUAGCCAUAUGCACAUAGAUAAAGGAAAACUUGUUUGGGGAAUAUCUUCUUUCAGCAGAAUACUUAGUUGAUGAGGAAACCAAAGAUUGCUUUUUUUCUUUCUUUUUUUUAAUAAUGUCUCUUCUACCAAUGCACAGUGUAUCUUAAGAAGGAGAGAGAGCUUUUGGGAGUAGAAGAAUGUGCAUAAAUUCUAUAAGGCUUUGGAGUGGUUCUUGUUUUGUACAAGUGAUUAUUUAAGCCAAAAAGUUUUCCUGAGUUUCCGAUAGCAAAAAGCUUUAUGCAAACAAAGGACUUAACACUAGUGGAAUGUAAUGAACUAAAAGUUCUUUCAUUGUGCUUUCAGAUUUCCUUACAAAGGCUGUCAGAUUCUGUCUUCUCAUCUAGUAAGUACUAGUUGUGUACUAGAUGACUUUAAUCACCUAAAUGAAAAUAUCUAUUUCUAAGACAUUGUUCAUUUCAAAGAUUCUAAACUCACGUAAUUUCUCAGCUUUUUGUUGGAAAGUUUAGCUGCAUUUCAUACUAGUUUUCAGUCGUAAAUUGUUCUCCAAUAGACAGCAGCACUUCUUCAGCUGCUUUGUACCACUAUGCCUUUCUCUUUUUCCUUUUUAAACUGUCAGCUUCUGUUCAUUUUCCCUUCGAACUUCUCGAAUAUCACUGUUCUCCUAUCUCUUCGAUUUGUGAUUCCUCUUCUUACUAGGUGGUAGUAUAAUUUGUGCUGUCUUAGAAUCAAGAGACCUGAUCUAGUUCCUGGCUCUGCUACUUACUGGUCGUAUAAUCGAGGGCAAGUCCCUUUGCUUCUCUACUUGAUUUUCUCAUUUAUGAAACGAGGGCAUUUUGCUAGAUGUUCUAAAGCCCUUUCCAGCGAUACCAUUCUAUGAAUCCAUGAUUCCUCCGGGGACCAAGGAGGACUACGCUACUCUAAUAACAAGCUGCCUUCAUGCAGUGUGUGAUAGAGGGGACCAAGAGUGAUGCUGCUUCCUCUGACUCGAGCCAGAUUUAUUUCCUCUCUACCGGGAGUCACGGUGUGGGAAAUACUCCUGAGAAGAAAUGUUCUGCUUCUACACGGUAUCAGUAGACACAGACUCUUUACUCCACUGAAAACCACCCACUGCCCUUGAGACCAGCAGGUCUGAAGGCUAGUGUUGCAGUGCGGCAGAGCAUCGGAAUCAGCAGGAGGUGCUGCCACGGCCAGUCAGUCCGUAACGUUCUGUGACUCACCUUUCAGAUGUAUUCGAGGGCACCUCUGUAAUUGCAGUACUGUCACUCACAGUCUGAUAGACUUCCUUGAGGGAAAAAGGUGGAGUUAGCGCUAGACUGCAAGUGAGCAUCGGCUGUUAUGUGUGAGAGGACCGACCAGGCCAUGGACCAGCGCUAUAGAAAACCUCAAAUACGUGAGUGCCGCCUCUGCUUAGCGGUGGUUGUUCUGCUGCCAGCAGUGUCCGAGUUGGUCUCAAUGGCCAGGUUCUCCAUUAUGUCAACUCAGAUGGUUGGGACGUCUACAUAACUAAAAAACUUGACCAAAAAGCUAGUUGGGAAUUUGUUUAACUGUGAAUAGCCUACCCCUGGUCUUAAAAAAUAAUAAAUUUAAUAAAUUCUAACCUUAGGAGGAAUUCCUGGCACUUUUCACUGUUGUAUAUGUUUUUGACUAAGCAGUUAUUUAACCCCGUACCAGGAUUCGUGGCUGAUUAGCAUAACAUUUGCCCGACGCUAAUUUAAUCAGAGAUGUUGGGAAGCAGGACAGACUAAAAUGGGAGGGAACUACUACGCCCUGUCCCCCAGUUACCACUUCCUGUCAGGAGGGACGCAUAACUUCUCUUCAUUUGUUUGUGCCCCUCCUAGGCUGAUUCUUGAUCUCCAAGCCUUCCUGGCCCAGGGCCUCCUCCUAAGCCAUUGGCUUUCUGUCACUCAGCAGCUUCGAAAAUGCUUUCCCUCGUAUGCAAGGUACUGUACAGGAUAGGAAAUAGCAGCAGCCCAGCCCAGGGCGCACUUCCCUCUGCUGUGCCAUCUACAGAUGCUUUCAGUGUGUAUUUUUCUUAAGGUAACGUUCCUGUUUAAAAACAGUAGCCUUCACGUUGCCCGCUGGGAGGCUGUAAAAGGAACAUUAAGAUGUCAAGCAACUUAGACUCUCUUACCUAUUUCCUAAGAAAAGGGAGAUAUGAUAAAAGUCUGCCAUUACUUAAAGGGUUGUCAUAUGAAAUAAGGGUGAUUCACUCUUUUUAUUCAAGAGGACAGUGGGGCAGAAGUUGCAGGAGGCACAGUAUAUACACUUGCCAAAAAUUCUGUGUAAGCUAAUUAACAGAUUUGUCUGAAUUGGAAUCAGCUUUUUGUUGAAAAAGUAUACAUGGAAGUUAUUCAUGUUAAUAGCAUUGAAGAAAUUUAUGCAUUGAGAUGGAAUAUGGGCAAGAUGACUUUUAGGUCGCUAUCUUUUUUAUCAUUGGAAAUCUCCAGAAGCAAUUCGACAUUCUUAAAAAUUAAUCCUUCAGAAUUCUUUAUAUACAGUAAAUAUAGAAUGCUUAAGACUUCUUUUUUUAAACAGGAAUUUUGGGUUUUGGUCAACAAAAAGUCUGUUCUGUAUUAAUGGCUGAAAACUCUGGGCUUACUCUUCCAUAACUAGUUAUUAACACAAAUGGCAUUGCCAUAAUAAAAUUUUUAAAGCUUAUAAUGUAUUAUAACCUUCCCUUUUAGUCAUUAUUUUUUAUUCCUUCUAAUCAGUGGUACUCCAUUUUGAAUGAGGUUGGAAUUGUGGUGUUUAGUUUUAUACCCAGUAUUUUACCCAAAUGUGUUAUGGCCUUAUCUAAUCAUUUGAAUAUCUACAGAAAUGCCAAGAGAGUAACAGAGAAACAGAAGUAAAUUUGCUGUCAUUUUAUGCUACAUCCUCCAUUUCUGAUUUUGCUUUUUGAUGCAGAUUACAAAGGUAAUUGUGAAAUGGUUGGACCUUAAAGAUCGAGCUAAGAUUUUUUUGGCAAUUUGCAAGUAAUGUUUCAUUUUUCUAUUACAUGGUCUCUUUCCCAGUUAAGUUUGGCAAAUAUAUUUCCCUCCCUCCUCUUCUAAUUUAUAACUUUUUUGUUUGGAGUACCAUCUAAGCCAACAUCAGUUAGCCUUAAUUUUCUUUCUGUUUUGGACAACUGCCUAGUUUAUUGCAAGAAUAACAAGUUUUGACUUGAGAGAUAUAUUACGAGCUGCUCUUAACACCUGAAAGCCCAUGAAUUAUCUGAAGUUUUUGUGGGUACUGAUGGGUGUGUGUGUGUGUGUGUGUGUGUGUGUGUGUGUGUGUGUUUUAGGAGUAAUACUCGGACCUGCUCCCUCAAGGCUAUGUGUCGAGUGUUUUUUAGCAGUCCUAGUAAUCUCCAAGGUGUGGGGUGAAGGUGAAAAACAGUUUGAUUUGAGGCUGUUUUCAAAUGUAAGAAGUGUAGUUAUCAGCUGAAACUGUCUUGAAAGAGAAAUUGAUCAUCAGGCGGUCAAUCUUGGACUGUUUCUUGCCUACUUAAAGUGGCCUCCUGAACACUGAGAGACUGUUUCCACCCUCUGCACCCCAGCCCCUCCCCCAUCAGCAUGUCAGCCUGAGUAGCCUUGGUACUCGACGUACCUGAAGGGAGUUGUAAGCCAAGUUGCUCAGUGCGGCCCUUUCCUGGUAUCUAUUUAUAUUUUCUCACACAUGAGAAUGUAUAUUUUAUAAAGCAUGUGUUCGUCUACUUGUUUGUCUACUGUAAUAUGUCUUCAAUAAAGCUAAAAUACAUUAUGA